GUAAGACCAGUAAGACCUUUAGUUGACAACUAAAAAUAUUUUCUUCCAUAGAAAUUGUUAAUGCGCAUAAGGAAGUACAAACAAGAGACGAAACGAAAAUUAUAAUUGAAAUCGCCUAUGUAAUAUUCCAUAUGAAAAUGGCCAUCAUCAUCUCCAAUAACAACAACAUCAAUCUGCUUCUUGCGCGCUACUGAUUCCUUUUCCUUGUUCUCAUAGUCAUGGCCGUUGAUGACAUUUUACACACUUCUCAACACCCUCUUCUUCAUUCCAAUGGAGCUCAUGCCAACAACAACAACAACAAGAAAAACAUCAACUCUGUAUCAUUGGCUAAAUGGGUUCUCAAAUUUACCAUGUGGAUUGUAUUCCUUGCAUGGAUUGCUCUAUUUUUUGUCAUUCCUACAGACUUUGGGAGUGAACUCUAUGCUGACUGGCUUGAUGCAACCAGUGGAAGCCUAUUUGGGUACACAGGGAGUUUGUUGCUGUUAUACAGUGCCCCAAUUAUCAUUAUUGCUUUUCUUGCUGUUCCAUAUCUUCUCAUCUGUGAGGAAGACCAACUACAACUACAACUACAAGAGAAGAAGACUCCAAGAUUCCGAUUGUGGACUUUUCCCGUACUGGUGGAUGGACCACUUGGGGUUGUUUCCGCUGCUGAAUUGAUUGGCAUUAUCCUCUUUAUCGUGUUUGUUAUCUGGGAUGUUUAUGUCUAUACUGCAGUGAUCUUAGGAACGUUACCUGAUUACUUGAUCCCCGUAGAAAAGUGUUGUUUCAUUUUGAAUAAUCUGGGACUUCGCCUUGGUUCUAUCGGAUUAGAUUGCUUCGCUUUUUUGUUUCUUCCGGUUGCAAGGGGAUCAGUUCUUCUCCGCCUUAUAAAUAUCCCUUUCGAGCAAGCUAUAAGAUAUCAUGUGUGGCUUGGACAUCUCACUAUGCUACUGUUUACUCUCCAUGGACUACUCUAUCUAAUUUCAUGGACAAUUGAGGGAAACCUUCUAAAAAAUACGUUGAUGUGGGUAGAUCUCGGUGUUGGUCAUUUUCCAGGUGUUAUAAGUCUGGCAAUCGGUCUACUAAUGUGGAUGACAUCACUUUAUCCAGUGAGAAAGAAGAAGUUUGAGUUGUUCUUCUACACUCAUCAACUAUAUGUAAUCUUCGUUGUCUUUUUAGCUUUGCAUGUUGGGCAUUUCAUUUUCGGUGUAUCUGCUGGAGGAAUAUUUCUUUUCAUUCUAGAUCGUUUUUUGAGAAUCUGCCAAUCACGAAAGACUGUUGAUAUAAUUUCAAUCAAGUGCCUUCCUUGUGGGACUGUGGAAUUGAUGCUUUCAAAACCUCCAAGUAAUACUAGUUCCCCACAAAUUUGUAGUUUCCUUGUUUUUUUUGUUGUUACCAUAGCUGUGACAUUUUUCCUUGACAAUGUAGAUCUACGGUACAAUGCCCUCAGUUUUAUUUUCCUUCAAAUUCGGGAAUUAUCUUGGCUACAGUGGCAUCCUUUCAGUGUUUCAUCUAGUCCUUUAGAUGGUAAAUAUCAUCUAUCUGUUCUCAUAAAGGUUAUUGGGGAAUGGACAGAAAAUCUUAGAGGAAAUAUCUUGAAUAGUUCUGGAGCUGACCUACAUCUCUGGCCUCAAACAAAGAUAACAGCUUCUGUUGAGGGGCCUUAUGGUCAUGAAUUACCAUAUUACUUGAUGUAUGAAAACCUUAUUUUAGUUGCAGGUGGCAUAGGAAUUUCACCAUUUCUGGCUAUCUUGAGUGACAUUCUCCAUCGUACUAGGGAAGGAAAACCUUGUUUGCCUCGAAACAUCUUAAUUGUUUGGGCUGUGAAAAGAUCAAACGAGCUUCCUCUUCUUUCUACCAAUGAUAUGGAAUUAAUUUGUCCAUUUUUCUCAAAUAAACUAAAUCUUGAGAUUCACAUUUUUGUCACUCGAGAAUCACAACCUCCACUGGAAGAAGGUCAAGUACACGAGGCUACAAACUCUUCUCCUCCUAUGUCUAACUGUUGCAGCAUGUCAGUUUUGGUUGGUACAGGAAAUAAUAUAUGGUUUGGACUAUAUAUUAUCUCGUCUACACUAGGCUUUGUUAUCUUACUUUUUUUACUGGAUAUUUUCUACAUAAACCCUUAUGAAAUAUCUUCAUGGUCAUACAAAGGGCUUCUCCUUGUAAUCUGCAUGCUUGCAAGUGUCUUUAUCUUUGGGGGUGUUAUGGUUGGUUUGUGGCAUUUUUGGGAAAGACGAAAUGCAGCAAGGGAGGCAUGCAAAGAUGAUAGGAUAAUACUUGAGAAGAUGCAGCAUAAUGAAAUCGUAGCUCACAAUGAUUCAUGUCAACAAAAACUUGCGAGUUCAAUCAGUACUUAUUACGGUUCAAGACCAGACUUCAAAGAUAUUUUUGGGGAUAUAUCAGAGAAAUGGGGCUGUGUUGAUGUUGGUGUUAUUGUGUGUGGUCCUCCAAGUCUUCAGACAAGCGUUGCUAAAGAAACUAGGUCACAGAAUAUUAGGAGACAACGCCAUCAUCCAAUCUUCCAUUUCAAUAGCCAUAGUUUCGAUGUAUAGGCACCACAUUCAUCAUCUCAUCUUCCUCUUAAGGGGUGUUUGGUUUGCUGUGAUGUGCCCUUGAUGUGAUGCAUAUUAUGAUGAUGUGAGAUUAAGGUUUUUGGUUUAUUUUUUUUUUCUAAUAUUACCAUAAUCUAAAAUUACAAAAUAUAUCACAUCACCUUAAUCUCAUCACAUUCCUAAACAGUGUAAUGUUGUAUUCUUGUAUUGAGAUUGCAUUAAUGUAAUAUUACAGUAUAAUGUAACAUCACGGCGAAUCAAACGCCCCCUAAUAUAAUCAAUUAUAUUAGAAGCUAAAUACUUUCUAUUGAUAUGUAUAAAUAUUAAUAACAGCAUAUACAUACAAUUAUAUGUGUAUAUGCACUUUUAAGCUA